AUGCGGCCGGACAGCUCGCUCCGGACCUCCGCGCCGCCGGCCGCCGGCCGGGCGUCCGGCUGGGUGCGCGACCUGCGGUUCAAGGUCGUCGGCUGCGUCCUGUACAGCCUGGUGCUCUUCACGGGCGCUUGGGUGGCCUACCGGCUAUGCGGCGGGUGGUACGCGCCUCUGCGGGCGGCGAGGGAGCUCUGUUCCGCCCGCGUGGUGCUGGGCUGGGCGGUGUGCUGCUUCGGGCAGGCACUGGUGGCAAGCGCGACGUGGGGGGCAGUGGAGUGCGGCGUUUACCCCAGGGUGCCUCCGAAGAGCGUGGCGGCGUGGAUCCGGGUCCUCCCGGGCGGGAUCCAGCGCGCGAUCCUGCAUGCCGCGGCCUGGGCGCCCGCUCAGCCGGGGCGAAUUGCGACGCUGCUGGCUCUGUGCGCGGCGUGCGGGGGUGCGUCCAUGGCGGUGCUGGCGCUGCUGUCGAGCAUGAACCCGUUCGAAGUGACGUCUGCGGCGUCGUUCGGGGCGGUUCUGGGCGCCGUGCACGUCGCGCGGCUGCAACAAGGGGGCGGGCUGGAGGCUCACGCGCCCCCUGUGCAGCGCAAGAGGUACUUCCGGGCCAGGCAGCUCGUCCCGAGCAUGAUGUCACAGGGCCUCACGACGGCGUUGGCGGGGACGGCCGCUUCGGUGAUGCUCUCCUGGCUGUCCGCGCUUCUCCGCUUCCUCGGCGCCACAUUCGCGCCUUCGCCGGUCGCAGUCGCUUCGCUACCGGGCCUCCUCCCGGCCGCGGUGCUCGUUUCGUUCGGGUGGGCCGCUGGUGCGGCGAUGGCCGAGGUGGUUUGGGUGGAGAGACUCGACCUCGCGGGGCCGCCUGAGGACAUCCUCGCCCCUCUCAAGGAGGCCCUCGAUCCCUCCAUGGACUCGAUCGUACAGGCGCUGGGGGCCGCCGACCUCGCCGCGAUGGCUCGGGAGGCCGGCGAGGAGGCCCACAGGCGCCGCGCUGCGAUCUUCGCCGACCAUUCGGGCACGCAGUGGAAGCGCUUCGUGGGCCCGUGCGUCGCCGAGGUCCGCGCCGUGCGCGAAGCCAUGCGCGCGGCGCUGCCGGCUGGGCCCGUGGACGGCGGCGCGGCCGCCGGUCCCAAGGCCCUGGGCUCCCCGCUGCGGUGGAACUCAUGGCAACAGUUGUCGGCGGCGGGGCUCGGGGGGCGGCUGCGGGACCCCGUGGACGCGUCGGGGCUGGUGGACGAGGCCCUGUGGCACGCGGAGCGGCGCUGGACGCGCGUGCGCUGCGCGGUGCAGGCGCUGGGGGGUCUGGUGACGUCAGCGCGGAGUCAGGACCGGCUGGGGGUGUCUCAGAUGCACUCCCCCCGCGCUGCAGACAUCCUCGCGGACCUCGCCGCGCUCGUGCUCGCGGCGCAGCGCCUCCGCGUGCACUGCGGCGGCGCAGGCAGUAGACUGGCCCGCGGGGGGGGGGGAGUCGGGGCGCGCGGUACCGCGGCGGUGGUGGUGUCCGGGGGCUCGAGGAGCAAGGAUGCGCCGACGAAGGUCGGCGCCUGGCUCGCUCGCGCGCUGUCGUGGCGCGGGGGCGGGCUGGCAGGGGCGGGCAUGGCGGUGGUGCCGACGGGGCUGUUUGCGCUGGCCGCGAUCGAGGACGAGGCGGCCCGCGUGGUCAACGCGAUCGUGGCGCAGUACGGGCUGGACGUGGUGAAGGAGAUGGGGCGCGAGAAGGUCAGCGUUGGGUUCCCGAAAGAGGAUGUUUUCAAAGUCGUGAAACAGGCUCUGGGGAGGGAACUGUGA